AUCAACCUAAUUCUAACCCUUCUAAUUAACUCAGCACUAGCCCUACUACUCAUAAUCACCGCUUUCUGACUACCCCAAUUAAAUUCCUACACCGAAAAAUUAAGCCCAUAUGAAUGUGGAUUCGACCCUGUGGGAUCAGCCCGACUCCCUUUCUCCAUGAAAUUCUUCCUAGUAGCCAUUACAUUCCUUCUAUUCGACCUAGAGAUCGCCCUACUUCUACCACUCCCAUGAGCCUCACAAACCAACAAUCUUAACCCCAUACUAAUUACAGCACUUACCCUCAUCUCACUCCUAGCACUAGGACUAGCCUAUGAAUGAUCCCAAAAAGGCCUAGAAUGGACUGAAU